AUGACUACCUGGCCCUCCGAUAGCGUCUGGUCCCCCCGGACACACAACGAACAAGUCUAUGCUCGUGCCCCCAACCCAGCUGAGUUCCCAGAGAUCCCGGCUAUCUCCAAGAGCUACUGGAUUCGUGAGCACCGCAUCGACUUCGAAGAAGAAUGUGCGCGGACCUCGCUCCCUACUAAAGUCGACGUCGUCAUUAUCGGAUCUGGGAUCACCGGUGCAACGGUGGCGUACCAAAUCUCGCGCUCGCAGCCUGAUCUGUGUGUCGCUCUGAUUGAGUCCCGGGGCCUCUGCACGGGCGCCACAGGGCGCAAUGGAGGACAUAUUGGACGACCAGAGGUGUAUCACUUCCGGGAGUUAGCUGAGGAAGUUGGUGUCAAGGAAGCCUUGAAGCUGAAGAAGUUUGGGCAGAAAAAUCGGAAUAUGAUGAUUGAAACAAUUAAUGAACUUGAUGCUGUGGCCGAGGUGGACCUACGGCUCAAUGGGACCAUUGUGGUGUUUGAGACGGCCGAGGAAAAGGAGGAGUUUGUGGCAGAUUUGGAGUCAGCCAAACAGCACGGCCAUGAGCCGGAGGGCUACUUGAUGAAGGAGACAAGUGAAGUUUUAUCUAAAGUCACAAUCAAUGAAUCCAAGGCCCAAUAUGGAGCAGCAUACCUGGAAGUAUCUGGGACUGUUUAUCCUCGAAAACUUGUGGGGGUGCUACUAAAGGCUGCUCUAAAGCGCAUGUCUGCGUUGACUAUCCAUGCCUAUACACCGGCGUCGUCAGUAGUCAGUGACUUUACAGCAGAGAGGUAUCACUAUACCGUCUCGACAAACCGCGGCGAGAUCAAAGCUCGUGCCGUAUUCCAUGCGACAAAUGGCUACGCUAGCCAUCUUCUCCCUUCCCUAUGUGGUAAAGACGGCGUUUACGGCUGUAAAGCACACAUGCUGGGCGUCCAACCCAACAAGGCCGCGCCAGAUACUUGCCAACUGUCGCGAGGAUUCGGAUACCAAGAUUUCUGGCACUGGAUCUUGCAACGACCAAAUCACGGACCUUAUCUGUACGGCCUUGCAACCGCCGAGGUGGUCGGGGACUAUAAUGACAAUAUUACACUCCCUGAGAAUAACCAGCACAGAAGGGAGAUGGUUCAAUUCCUUGAAACCGUUUUCCCGCACCACUUUGAGGAUAUUGAUGUCAAGCGAGACGUUGCCUAUGACUGGACUGGAAUUCAAGGAUUUACCAAAGAUGGAGCUAGCAUUGUCGGGAGACCGACCAAAGAAAGUCCAGGCGAAUACGUAUCGGUGGGACACAAUGGCGAGGGCAUGGGCAGGUGCUUUGCCUGUGCUACGGUAGCAACUGAUGCCAUGCUGAGCUAUUUGAAGGAAAAUAAAUCAUGGACGCCGCCUGAGUGGUUUCCAAUAUCGUUCGCUAGGAAUUUGGGUUCUGGGGAUUUAUAG